CAGGCAGGAGAAAUUAUAUCUACAGCUUUGUCACGAUUCACGUCAAAGAACUCUUGAUUUUCAGUAGCUGUUCUCUCUGGGAGUUACAUUGAGCAUUGGGAAUACUCGGCAAUGGCAGAGGCCAGCCCAAGAACAGAAACGUCAACAGAUGAUACUGAUGAAAAUCUUAUGCUUGAACCAGGACAAGAUGCUCUUGCUGUUGUUUCCGACUCCAGUGACAGAUCCAGAGAGAAAAAUGGAGAUCAAAAGACAAUGCGUCGACUUGCUCAAAAUCGUGAGGCUGCAAGGAAAAGUCGUUUGAGGAAAAAGGCGUAUGUUCAACAGUUGGAGAAUAGUAGGUUGAAGCUUACCCAGCUAGAGCAGGAGCUGCAACGAGCUCGUCAACAGGGUAUCUUUAUAUCUAGUUCAGCAGACCAGUCCCAUUCCAAGAGUGGAAAUGGGGCAUUGGCUUUUGACAUGGAGUACGCACGGUGGUUGGAAGAACACAAUCGACAGGUUAAUGAGCUUAGAGCUGCAGUUAAUGCGCAUGCAGGCGAUAAUGAUCUGCGUAGUGUUGUUGAGAAGAUCAUGUUGCACUAUGAUGAGAUUUUUAAGCAAAAAGGAAAUGCAGCCAAGACAGAUGUCUUUCAUGUGUUAUCAGGCAUGUGGAAGACACCAGCAGAGAGGUGUUUCUUGUGGCUAGGAGGUUUCCGACCUUCUGAGCUUUUAAAGCUUCUUUCAACGCAGCUUGAACCUCUAACCGAGCAGCAGCUGUCAGGGAUAUGCAACCUUCAGCAGUCAUCACAACAAGCUGAGGAUGCUCUUUCACAAGGAAUGGAGGCCCUUCAGCAGUCUUUGGCAGAAACAUUGGCUGGGUCUAUUGGCUCUUCUGGAUCAACAGGAAACGUGGCAAACUACAUGGGUCAAAUGGCCAUGGCCAUGGGAAAGCUUGGAACCCUUGAGAAUUUCCUUCGCCAGGCUGACAACCUGCGGCAGCAGACUCUUCAGCAGAUGCAACGGAUCCUGACGACUAGGCAAUCUGCCCGUGCAUUUCUUGUCAUAAGUGAUUACUCAUCACGACUUCGUGCCCUAAGUUCUCUCUGGCUUGCUCGACCGAAGGAAUAGGAAGCUAAUCUCAUUCUGACUGCAAUGCAUUUUCGCAGUUUGGGAGUUGAUGGCGAUGACAGUCAUGCAACAGACUUGAUUCAGAGAAACUUGCACAUACUAUAGUCCAAAGAGAUGAUGUGUUGAGGUAGCUUAGCCGUAUAGUGAAGUUAAGUGCAUUAGGCGCCAUACCGUUAACUGCUGUGAAAUUGCUGUUUCAUUAUUGGCCUAGUACCUCUAAGGUCCGUCCUAAUUGCAGUGUGUCAUUAGAUGUUCAUUUAGAACCCUUUUGCCGCUAAUCGGUUUUAUUGACUGCUGAGUGUAUUUGACACCUUUUGUACAAUGCCAUGGUAAUAAUCUAGCGAAGUGUAUAUUACCAUUUGGUUGCAUCAAUUUUCAGGGCCUGAUUGAUAUUUCUGUAUUUGUACAACUGUGUUAGACUAGCACUGCUACACUGGUGACCUGUGGAUUUGAUGAGAUUGGAAUCUAAUCGUUCCUGAACUUGUUAAGAAUUCCUUCUGUUUCGGCCUAAGAGGACAUUUAGGU